AACGUACAUACCAACGUAUGUACCUGGUACCACAGCCCACAUGAUCCCAAUGCGGCGGAGGAUGGUGAUGGGUGGCGCCCGUGCUGUGGCUGUAGCUCUCAGGUCCAAUUGAUGGCAUGAUGUUGAACGACAAUCUGCACAACCUCAUAGCUAUACCCCGAACCGCCUCUCCACUCCAAUUGCGCCCACCAUGUUCCUCCAGCGCUCUGCCUUCGCCGUCGCCCGACGAGCUGCUCCUCGCGCCAUUGCCCGCCGCACAUUUACCACCUCCUUCGUCCGCCGCGAUGCGAACCAGAACAAGGACGCCGGCCACUCCGCCUCUUCCCCUAGCGUUGUAGAGGGCUACAAGAAGCUUGAAGAUAUCAAGACCGAGGCCGAUCUUCUUCCCCCUGGUGGUGCUAGGCCCGGUACCGUGCCCACUGAUCUCGAACAAGCCACCGGUCUUGAGCGUCUCGAAAUUUUGGGAAAGAUGCAGGGUGUCGAUAUUUUCGACAUGAGGCCAUUGGAUGCUAGCCGUGUCGGCACCAUGGAGGACCCCAUCGUCGUCAACUCCGCUGGUAACGAGCAGUACGUUGGCUGCACCGGCUGCCCUGCCGACUCGCACGAGGUUCUCUGGAUUACUCUCACUCGUGAGGAGCCCGUCAGUCGCUGCAUGGAGUGCGGCUCUGCCUACAAGAUGCAUUACAUUGGCCCAGAGGACGACCCGCACGCACAUGACCACGGCCAUGGUCACCACGAGAACCCCUAUCCCAGGCCAAAGAACAUGGCUGAUUUCAUCAAGCCGGAAUACAUGCACAACUAAAGCUUUCUUGCUUAAUGCUGGAUCCAGAGCUCGAGAAAGACGGUCGUGUAU